AUGAAGUCCACCAUUGUCAUCGCCGUCAUUGCUGCCCUCACCACCGCCGUCGUAGGCACCCCCGCUCUGUCUACUCUUGAAGCCCGCGAAGCAGAAGCCGAGCGUGCUGGUCUUCUCCCUCGUGCCUGCCCCGGCGCACGCUCCAGCUGCCGCUUGGACUGGGCCAAGAAAUGCGAAUGGUGGUGCCAGAAUCGUGGCGGUUUCCACGUCAUGGAGUCUUGUUACCUGGGCUUUAGCAGGUGCUGCUGCAACAAUUGA